UAUUAUUUUGAGAUCAGUGCUGAUAUUCACGUGAUUAUUUUUCUGAGAAGAGGACACUUACUUUCAUCGAAUAUAAAACUCCGCAAUUAUGACAGACCAAUAUUUUCAUCUUGGCAAUCAAACGCAUAAAGUUCCACGUGAACUUCAUUCCCUUAACCGGAAGAGAUUACUUGAAAAACUUAGUCCAAAAGUACCAAACAGCCCUGCAUUUAUUAUUUUACAAGGUGGAGAAUCACAAACUCUUUAUAGCAGUGAUACAGAACCUUUAUUUAGACAAGAAUCAUAUUUCCAUUGGUUGUUUGGAGUGAAAGAACCUGAUUGUUAUGGAGCGGUUGAUAUAACAACAGGGAAAUCUAUUCUAUUUGUUCCUCGAUUGCCUGAAUCAUACAUAAUAUGGAUGGGCAGUAUUCAUCCAACAGAACACUUUCAAAAUAUAUAUGCAGUGGAUGAAGUGUAUUAUACAGAUGAGAUUGCAAAGGUUUUAUCUUCAAAGCAAGCUGCUUUGCUUCUUACUUUGCACGGACUUAAUACAGACAGUCAAAAAUAUACAAAAGAGGCUACCUUUGAUGGUAUAGAAGGAUUUCAAGUUGAUAAUAAAAUUUUGUUUCCUGAAAUCACAGAGUGCCGUGUAUUCAAAACCCCAUUUGAAAUUGACGUCAUUCGCUACACAAACAAGAUUAGCAGUGAAGCUCACAAAGAGGUUAUGAAACAUAUUCGUCCACAUAUGAAAGAAUAUCAACUUGAAAGCUUGUUUGAGCAUUACGUUCAUGCUAGAGGAGGGUGUAGGCGAGUUUCUUACUGUUGUAUUGCUGCCAGUGGUACAAAUUGUGCUACAUUGCAUUAUGGUCAUGCAGGUGCACCAAAUGAUAAAACAAUUCUUGAUGGAGACAUGUGUUUAUUUGAUAUGGGUGGUGAAUAUUACUGUUAUGCAUCAGAUAUAACAUGUUCGUUUCCAUGCAAUGGUAUAUUUACCACAAAACAAAAAGCAAUAUAUGAAGCUGUUUUAAAAUCAAGUCGUGCAGUUAUUAAUGCUUGCAAGCCAGGAGUGAACUGGGUUGAUAUGCAUUUACUUGCCGAUCGUACUCAUCUAGAGGAAUUAAAAGCUAUUGGCAUAUUGCAAGGUGAAGUUGAUGAAAUGAUGAAAGCGCGUCUUGGUGCUCUUUUUAUGCCCCAUGGAUUGGGCCAUUUUAUGGGCUUAGAUGUCCAUGACGUGGGUGGAUAUUUAGCUGGACAAGAAAGACUUAAAGAACCUGGUUUGCGAAGUCUAAGAACCGUACGAAAUCUCGAAGAAAACAUGGUUAUCACUGUUGAACCAGGAAUAUAUUUUAUAAAAGAGCUAAUCAACAACUAUUGUAAUAAUCCUAUCUACUCUGGUUUUAUUGUUCGAGAUGUCAUAGCUCAGUAUUAUGAUUUCGGCGGGGUGCGCAUUGAAGACGAUGUUUUAAUAACAGCAAACGGUUGUGAAUGUUUAACUGAUGUUCCAAGAACUGUAAGUGAUAUUGAACAACAUAUGGCAUUAGGAAGACAAUCUGAUGUGAAUGUGUUACUAUAAAUCUUUUUUUUUCUAGUGAAUUCCAAAAUCUUUUUUUAAUAUAAUAAUAACUAAAGUA